AACAACUAUGUCAUUCAGUCCACAAAACUGCAGCAUGAAAUAGAGGACCUCCAACGCAGAGUAGAAAAUGCCAGAAUGAAGCUGACAGCAGAAAUGAAGCUGCGUAAUCAAGCACAGGGUGAACUGAGAGCUUUGAGAGCUGAGCUGACUCAGAGAAAGCAGAGUAUUGAGCUAAACCGUCAACACCAGCUAGCGGCCUUAAAUAACUUCCAAAACAGUGGCAAUGAGAAUAACUCAUCUUCAGAAAACCUAGUUACACACCCUGAACACGGGAAACCUUAUUAUGAAGGGUUAUGA